AUGGUAUGUUGCUUAGGACUCACUAUUGAUAUAUCUCGUUACAUCAGCCGUCUUCUUCAAAAUAUCUAUGAUCAAGAGACUCGUUCAACAACAUUUUUCAAAGCUAGUAAUGUUACAUUAUUUGCUGCUGUACACGUUAAUGAUUUAUGUACACUUAUACCUCUUGAGCAAUGGACGGAAUCAUUACAGCAUUUUCUCUAUGAUUAUGUACCAUAUGAACAAGUGCAAGGAUUAAUUGUUGAUACUAUUAUUGAGUUAGUUCGUUUUGUUUUACAAAAUCAAUACUUUAUUUUCGAUAACAAAAUUUAUCGACAAAUUAAAGGUUGUGGUUUUGGUCGAGCGUUAAAUCAUCUAUUAGCAAAUAUUUAUAUGUUCUAUUGGCAACAAGAUUUAGUUAAAACAUUAGUUAAUCAAAAUGAAAUAUUUGACCGAUAUCUUACUGAAAUGUUUUUUACUUGA